GGGUUUUUAAUGCUUUUUAGCGUAACUUGUGCUGCCGCGCUGCUGCAACUGUCGCGUUUCCGUACACUGGUAGCUCAGACAGGCUCUGAACUACCAGCUCAACAAGCAGCAGCAACAACAGCAGCAGCAAUAGUAAAGACAGGGCAGUUUCCGUCGGCUCCUAGCUUACGUGCUCUUCCACCGCGGAAGCCAUUCCCUCUCCAGCAACUGCAGCAACAGCAACAGCUGCACAAGUUGCUGCUGCAACGGCAGCAACAGGCGCCCGUGCCGGCAGAGGCAGCCGCACCCCUUCACACUGCUGCAGCAACCCACGUUUCGUCUCAUCCUGAGGGCCCCCCGGGGGCCCCUCUUGGGGGCAUCAGCACUGACAGCCCAGUUGAUAUACCGCCUUACAUUCAACGGCUUUCUCUGGGCCAGUGGACUCUCUAUUUCUAUCCCGUUCCUCAGUACCUCAAAUCUGUUGAUGGGAGCCCCUCGGGGGCCCCCCAGGAAGGCCCAAACGCCUGGAAUGGGGCCCUGCUCGUUGCGGCGCUGCAGCCGCAGCUGUUGUGUGUGGAAUGCUGCAACAGCAGACUGCAGCAGCUAGCAGUAGCAGCAGCAAAUGCAGCAGCAGCAGCAGAAGGGGGGUCUUUAGAGGAAGAAGUCCGGAAACAGCAACGGCGACUCGCCAAAGGCUUUUCCCUCCUCACCUCUUUCGACGGCGGGCUUCUGCACGCCGCACUGCUGCCAAUUAUUGUCGCUGCUUCGGGUUUACGAGGCCGUGUUUGGCUGUCUGACUCAUCAAGCCCUUCGGCGGAGGCCCUCCUAGGCACCUCUAGGGGGCCCCCUACCUAUGGAGGGCCCCCCUCCUCGGGGGCCCCUGCUCUUCCUGCUGUGUACCCUAUAGAUAGGGAUCGAGUUUGUACUGCACGCAGACUCCACGAAUGUUUGCUGCUGCAGCCGACACAAAUGCGAGCACUAAGGAGGUGCGUGCUGCAUUCUCUUUCCCAGCGUUGGGCGUGGGGGCCUCCCAGCCCUGCUGUGGUGGGGCCCCUAGGGGGCCUCGUGGGGGCCCCCUGGGAGGUUCCCGGUGGCCUCCACGCGGGACUUUCCACCCCAAACAAGGGCCCCCCCCAAGGGGCCCCCCCUUCAUGGGGGGCCCUGAAGUGGGCGCAGCAGCAGAAAGAGCUCUUCCCUUCAGGGUACCAAGUGCUGCUUGAGGAGAGGGCCUCCUGUGCAGCUGCUAACAUAUGGAAUGCCAUGCAAGAUGCAGAAGAAAGACUAAACGCAAUGGGGCCCCAAGGGGGCCCCUCUGCUCCAGGGGCCCCCGUAGUAGGGGCCCCCAGACAGGAAGAGACACAUGAUAUGCAGGGACACCCAGAGGAGCCCCGCACAGGUCUUAUAUUUUGCUCAACAGCGCUGCUGCCGCUGGUAAUAGAGUCUCUGCAGCAGCUGCAUGCGCUGGAGGCCCCAAAAGCAGCAGCCGUGGCAGCAGCAGCUGCUGCUACUGGGGAGCAGGGACCUCGCUAUCGCACGAAUCUUUAUGCUGCGCUGCACCGCUCGCCUCCUUGUCUGGUGCCUCUGCUGCUGCUUCGUUUCCUGCUGCUGCCUGUUGCUGCUGCGUACGGUAUUGCUGCUGCUGCUGCAGCCUUUUCCUCCUGGGCCCAUUCCAGUCUCCACCGGGGGGACCCCCCUGCUGCAAUAGCGGGGGAACUGCAUGUACCCAUCAACGGGGACCCCACACGGGGGCCCCACAGGGGGGCUUCCGAAUGGGAGCCCUUCAGAGGGGCCCCAGAAUGGGGGGCGAGCCCUUCACACAGCUGA